AUGUCCACCCCCACCACCACCCCCAGCGCAAAAAUAACCUCCCUCGACCACCUCGUCCUAACCGUGCACUCCAUCCCCCUCGCCACAGCCUGGUACUCAAAACACCUCGGCAUGCGCCACGAAUCAUUCGUCUCUUUCUCCACGCCCUCCAUCACGCGGCACUCUUUGAUUUUCGGGUCCCAGAAAAUCAACCUUCACGAAUCCGGCCACGAAUUCGAGCCCAAAGCAUUGAAUGUCAAGCCCGGUAGUGCAGAUUUGUGUUUUUUGACGGAUGAUAGAGUGCAGGAUGUGAGGAAAAGGUUGGUGGAGGCGGGGGUGGAGAUGGUUGAUUUGAAGGGGGAGGAGGAUGGGGACGGGACGGUGAUCAGAACGGGGGCGAGGGGGAGGUUGAGGAGUGUUUAUUGUAGGGAUGAGGAUGGGAAUUUGGUUGAGUGA